CUUCCUCUCAAACACAUUGGGUUUGGCUUGCCUCUCUCCAGUUAGUUGGCGGCCAUCUUGGAUCUACCCAUCAAACAAACCACCCUUACUUUUGGGAUGAGAGGGAGGUCUUUAACCGAAUUUGAGUCUUUCGGGGUACCAGCCCCAUCGGAAACCGGAGCAGUGCGUGUCAGAAGCCGAAAAUCUACAGGAACCCAAGGCUUCAAAAAUUGCCUACAAAUUCUGAGACCGGUUUUACGUGAACUCCUUCCUCCCCUAUUCAUUGUCUGGACGUUCUGUGAAUUGGUUGAGGACCUGUGAACUAUCAGAACAACGUUUAUUGAGCUUUUACAAUAGAGUCGUUCCCGAAAAACGGAUUGUUAUAUUUUGGAGCUCGGGGUUAUGGUUUGUUUUUGGACAACUUUUUUGGGGGAAUUGCCUUUGUCGCAAUCUGUCCCACCGGUGUAUUCUGUACAGUAAUGCGGUUCGAUCAUUUAUUUAAUGAAUCGGUGUUCUAGACAUCUUCCGGCGUAUGUUUUGCUGGAACUUGGCUGUGGCGUUGCGUUAAUGUGGGUGAACGAAUCCAUGAUCUUAAAUAUCAGUUCCAGACUUGCUGUACUGUCGUUAGACUAAGGUGCAGCAAAAGCAAAAAGCAGACGCAGAACCACUUCGGGGAUCAAGGAAUUAUUACAAUGUCAACCAGAACGCCACUACCUACUGUCAAUGAGCGUGACACUGAAAAUCACACCUCGCACGCUGAGGCGCGCAAUGAGGUGACCACGCGACCCGGGCGCUCGGGCUCCCGCUGCCGGAACUCUAUCGCCUCGUGUGCCGACGAGCAGCCGCACGUCGGAAACUAUCGGCUGCUCAAGACCAUCGGCAAGGGAAACUUCGCCAAGGUCAAGCUGGCACGCCACAUCCUCACGGGCAGAGAGGUUGCCAUUAAAAUCAUUGACAAGACACAACUGAAUCCUACUAGUCUUCAAAAGCUCUUCCGAGAAGUCCGAAUAAUGAAGAUUCUAAACCAUCCAAACAUUGUGAAACUGUUUGAGGUGAUAGAGACUGAGAAAACGCUCUACCUGGUGAUGGAAUAUGCCAGUGGAGGGGAGGUCUUUGACUACCUCGUAGCUCACGGGAGGAUGAAGGAGAAGGAAGCCAGGGCAAAAUUUAGACAGAUUGUGUCAGCUGUGCAGUACUGCCAUCAGAAAAAGAUUGUACACAGAGACCUGAAGGCUGAGAACUUACUCCUAGACGCUGACAUGAACAUCAAGAUUGCUGACUUUGGCUUCAGUAACGAGUUCACAAUGGGCAGUAAGCUGGACACGUUCUGCGGCUCCCCACCCUACGCCGCCCCAGAGCUGUUCCAGGGGAAGAAGUACGACGGGCCUGAGGUGGACGUCUGGAGCCUGGGAGUCAUACUGUACACGCUCGUGUCAGGGUCGCUGCCCUUCGACGGUCAGAAUCUGAAGGAGCUGAGAGAGCGUGUUGUAAGGGGUAAAUACCGUAUCCCUUUCUACAUGUCCACCGACUGCGAAAACCUCCUCAAGCGCUUCUUGGUGCUCAACCCAUCCAAGCGUGGUACACUUGAGCAAAUCAUGAAGGACCGGUGGAUAAACGCAGGCCUAGAGGAGAAUGAACUGAAGCCAUUCAUGGAGCCAGAACAGGACAUCACAGACCAGAAGAGAAUAGACAUCAUGGUGGAGAUGGGCUACACUCAAGAGGAGGUCACUGAGUCUUUAACCAGGAUGAAGUACGAUGAGAUCACUGCCACCUACCUGCUACUGGGCAGGAAGUCCACAGAGUUGGAGGCUAGUGACUCCAGCUCUAGCAGUAACUUGUCUCUGGCCAAGGCACGGCCCGCCAUCGAGCGCAACAACAACGGCCAGUCUUCUGCCCAUCUCAAGACCCAGCGGUCUAUCUCCGGCACCCAGAAACAGCGACGCUACAGCGACCAGGCCGGUCCGUCCAUCCCCUCGGUGGGCUAUCCCAAGAGGAGCCAGACCACCUCGGCCGACAACGGCGACUACAAAGUGGAUGGUGGUGCUCAGACCCAGAAGUCUGGUUUGUCGGGUGGGCGCAGUGGCGGCAUUGCCCCUGCCAGUCCCCUACUAGGUAAUGCCAACAACCCCAACAAGGCCGACGUCCCCGACCACAAGAAAGGCUCCACCACACCCACCGCUAACUCAAUGUCAGGGGGCAUGACGAGGAGGAACACGUAUGUGUGUAGUGACAGGAAUGCCUCGGACCGCCACUCCGCUGUCAUCCAGAAUGGAAAAGAGAACAGCACAACAGCGACUUCCAGUCAACGGAACCCUGGCAGCGCCACGCCCCCCGACCGGGUUCCCUUCCCCCGUGGCACGGCCAGCCGCAGCACCUUCCACGGCGGCCAGCUGCGGGAGCGCCGCACUGCCACCUACAACGGCCCGCCUGCUUCGCCCACGCUCUCGCAUGACGCCACACCCCUCUCGCAGUCCCGCAGCCGCGGCUCCUCCAACCUCUUCACCAAGCUCACCUCCAAGCUCACACGCAGAGGCCCCGAAGAGUUUGAGAGAAACGGCAGGUUGGAAGGUUCAAGUCGCAACAUGUCAGGUGAUCAGGAGGACCAGCAGCAGCCUCAGCCCCCCCACGGCCAACACCCCAAGGACACCAAGCCGCGCUCCCUCCGCUUCACCUGGAGCAUGAAGACCACGUCGUCCAUGGAGCCCCACGACAUGAUGCGCGAGAUCCGCAAGGUGCUGGACGCCAACAACUGCGACUACGAGCAGCGCGAGCGCUUCCUGCUGCUGUGCGUGCACGGUGACGGCCACGCCGAGAGCCUGGUUCAGUGGGAGAUGGAAGUGUGCAAGCUGCCGCGACUCUCACUCAACGGUGUGCGCUUCAAGCGGAUCUCGGGCACAUCCAUCGCCUUUAAGAACAUUGCGUCCAAAAUUGCCAACGAGCUCAAGUUGUAGGGCCUCCUAAAGAUAUGAGGGUGGGGGAGUGUUGAGCGAGCAGGUAAAAUAUUGCGAUUUGAAAUAGACUAAAGCAGGGAUAUUCAACUCUGACCCUGUGAGGUCCGGAGCCUGCUGGUUUUCUGUUCUACCUGAUGAUAAAUAAUUCCACCCACCUGGUGUCCCAGGUCUAAAUCAGUCCCUGAUUAGAGGGGAACAAUGAAAACAUGGGGUGGGACUGGCUUUGAGGUCCAGAGUUGUAUUUGAUGGGACCAAAGUAGGUUGCGUAACGUGGGGAGAGAAAGAGCUUCAAAAUGGACUCUGAACGAGCUGUACAGCCGUUGUAAAAAACUGAAGUAGCAAAUUCACAACGGUUUUCCUCCAAGACAAAGUAGGUAUUGAAAACUGCUUUUGGCAAUAAUUUCCUGUGUCUUUGGAGCAUUAUUAUAGUUGAUGAUGUGAAAGGUGGUCCUGAGCUGUCGGGGACGUUCGUCUGACAUUGACAUUUGGUUGUCUUGUUUUUUUUGCUGAAUGCAUUAUUGUCAUUGUGGCUCUGGAACAGGGCUCUCCAACCCUGCUCCCGGAGAUCUUAUCAUUACAUUUACAUUUACAUUUAAGUCAUUUAGCAGACGCUCUUAUCCAGAGCGACUUACAAAUUGGUGCAUUCACCUUAUGACAUCCAGUGGAACAGCCACUUUACAAUAGUGCAUCUAAAUCUUUUAAGGGGGGGGGGUGAGAAGGAUUACUUUAUCCUAUCCUAGGUAUUCCUUAAAGAGGUGGGGUUUCAGGUGUCUCCGGAAGGUGGUGAUUGACUCCGCUGUCCUGGCGUCGUGAGGGAGUGUGUUCCACCAUUGGGGAGCCAGAGCAGCGAACAGUUUUGACUGGGCUGAGCGGGAACUGUACUUCCUCAGUGGUAGGGAGGCGAGCAGGCCAGAGGUGGAUGAACGCAGUGCCCUUGUUUGGGUGUAGGGCCUGAUCAGAGCCUGGAGGUACUGAGGUGCCGUUCCCCUCACAGCUCCGUAGGCAAGCACCAUGGUCUUGUAGCGGAUGCGAGCUUCAACUGGAAGCCAGUGGAGAGAGCUGGCUGUAGGUUUUUGCUACAACCCUAAUAAUUGGCUGGGUGAUAAGCUACAUCAGGUUAGUUACAACUGUGGUUGGAUUGAAAACCUACUGGAAGGUAGCUCUCCAGGAACAGGGUUGGAGAGCCCGUGUCUGGAAGAUGCCUCCCCAUUAGGAGUUUAAACUCUCAUACAAGGGAGGGAAUGGAGGAAGAACAUUACAAAUGGACCCCUUCCCCCUGUUAUAGAGUACCCAAGAAUUCCUCUUGUCAAGAUAAUAUGGCUGCCAGAUAUGAGUGGUUGGAUAGCCUAGCUAAUUGCACAAGUAGUUAUUGUAUUACUGUCAAAUACUGUUGAUUUUGGCAGUCGUUUGCACCCUCUACCCUUACUUAGCCAGCUUCUACACACUUGCACACUUUCAUUCUAUGAUUUGAACCGGUUGUUCAUUAGUGUUUAUCCAUGUGAUAACAGCAUAAAUGCAAUGUAUGGACCCAGCUAAGCCUCUGCUGUACGGGGUCACCCACCCCAGAAACGGGGCCUGGAGGAUGACUCACUUUGGCAGACCCACGCUUUAAAAUGGGGGAUUGUUGCAAAGUGUCAUGGGACUGUGUCACUCGCUACAAAAAAAAGAGACUUCAGGGAAGAUUUUCCUUCCUGGCAUAUCUGAAUUAUGUAUAUUUUUCCUUUGUUAACAUAAUUGUUUCAACGGUUCUCUUCUCAGAUAUUACUGAAAUGCCCCCUUCUAUCUGGUCCUACCCACCUGGGCCAGUUCAGAUGCGGUCGGCCAUUCCUGGAACAGAUCGAAGAUCAACUAUGGCCAUAUUCAGGCCUUCAGUAUUCACUUCCACCCUCCUAAAAAUGCUGGCACUGUUUUUUGGGUGGGGUGGGGGGUGGGGGAGAAUGUAAAUAAUAUACCUUAGUUUUCCAACAGCUACAUAUUGAUAUACUUCCUUGUUUUUUGUAUUGAGCCUGGAGCUGUGGAAUUAGUGUUAACUCAUUCAUCACCGAGUAAGUUUAACACGUGUCUCUAUUAAAAUACCUUCAGUGACUAGA